UGUUUGAUUGCUUGGAUUUUUGCUUAAGGCAAAUCCAAACUCUGUUCGUAAAAACAUUUAAAGUGCGACACAUAAAUAUUUCUAAGUAGUCAAACCAACAAAAAACAACAUCUGCAAGUGCACUGCGACACUACACAGCAACACCUGUCGCCUCAGAGCGACGUGCAAUGUUCAGGAUCCGUGUCAAAAUGGGCCCGCAACGCAAUAACAACAACAACGGGAACAGCAACCAUGGCCGGGUCAACAAGGAGUGGACCUGCUGCUUUGGCCUGCAUGUGCAUACCGCUACAUUGAUGAUUGGCCUAUGGCACCUGUUCUUGAAUAUUCUGGCACUGAGCGUCCUGGCUGUCAUUUGGCGCAAUCCGGAAAUGAUGGAUGAAUUGGAAAGCGGUAAUCAUGAUUUUACCGUCGAUCUUAAUGCACCCGCUUUGCCCACGCCACUGAGCAAGGUGGAUCCGCCCUACGCCUAUCGUGAUCAUUCCCUCAACUACCGUAAGCGUUACCAGAACUUUGACAUGGGCGGUCUCGUGUGCACAUGCAUGAUAGCCAUUACGCUGAUGAUGAUUUAUGGAACAAUCAAGGGGAAGCCGUCUCAUCUGUUGCCCUUCUUCUGCUUGCAGCUGUUCGACUUUGCCAUCACAACAUUGACCGCCGCUGGUUACUUGUGCUAUCUACAGGCCAUUCAUCGUAUCAUUGCCGAGUCCCAUCGACUUCCGUGGCGUGAGAAGCUGCUGGAGCUGCCGCCCGAAGAGCUGGUGGUUGUUGUGCUUGUGGUUUUUGUGUGCAUCGUGUUCCUUAAAGCCUAUUGCAUUGGCAUUGUCUGGCGCUGCUACAAGUACUUGACUCUACGACAACAGCAUCUGCGCAGCUUGCUACCCUGCGUCCUGCCCGAAAUGGCAGUCCGCGGCAUUGGCGGCGGUGGCUUUGGUGCUGAGGAGCGGGCGUAUUCGACACUGCUGCCCAAUUAUGAUGAAGCCAUUGCUCAAUACUUGAAACAGGCACCACCACCAUCCUAUCAGGUGGCUAUGUCCAACUAUCAAAAUGAGGAUGAAGGUGCCACGGGUGAAGCACAGGCUGUUGACGGUGGUGGCAGCACGCCACUGUUUGUGGCACUCGAUGCAGUCGCUGCCAAUGCUGCACCUAACUCGAAUGACAACCUGGACAAUAACAACGACAUGCCCAACAACAACAAUACGGUUCAUGUGAAUGCCAACACUCCACCAAUGCGACGUAGCGAACAGUCGAAUACAGGUAGCGCCAGUGUCUCAGACGAUUCUAACGGCGAUGACGACGAAGAGGACCUAGAGGUUAUUGAUGGUGGCGUCGAUGUAAUCGAAGGCGUAGUGCCGCCACCGCCAUACAACGACAUUACUGAUCCUCAUGUGCAAGUGGGACUGCAUUCACCCCUUGAUCGUCAGGUUAAUAUACCCGGUCAGGUACCUGGACGCAACGAAAGUCAGGCCUAAGUUGUGAUUUCAUUAAAGUUUUUACAUAAUUAUCGUGUUGUGAGCAAAACAUUCGCCCACACGCUUCCUCUCUUGCCCCCAUAUUAGCACAACUUUUCUUGUUUGGUUGCCACAUAUAUUCCAUAUAUAUUCCACAUACGAUUACAUUAUUUCUGUCAAUGCAGUUGAUUUUGCACAAAAAUGUGUACCCAUUCGUAUAUUAAUAUUGUAUGUAUUACCGUAUUGAAAAAUGUUUGUGAAUCAGAAUGAAAAAAAUUCUGAUAUAUUUAUUCCGCUAACAGUCGCGUAUUGUUAUUAAUCGUAAAAGGCAUCAAACCUAACCAAAUAUAAAUAUUCUCUGAAUUUUGCUCUAAAAAUUAACGUAUAUGUAUGGCAAAAUGCUCGUCUAAAGCCCCAUAAAGUUGUAUACUUGGCCGCGUCAAUUUCGUUUGGCAUUUGGUUUUCAUUUAGUUAUCCUGUGAAUUUUACCUAGUUAAGCGCAAGUAGUUGUUACCAAAAAGAGAGUCGAACGGAUGUUAUAAGAAUCUAAAGGGAAGUAUAUUUAUGCGAAAGCAUGUUCUUCUUAUGUUUUAAGCUAACUUGUAAGACUUUAUGCAUAUUUACUGGUAUGUCAGUUUUUUAAUUUAAAUGUGUGCAUGAAUUUCAUGUACUACACUUCACAGACAUACGAAAAAUAUUAUUUAUGUAUGUACAACAUCUAUAUGUAUACUAUAUACUAAAUAUGCAAA